AUAAAGACCAUGGCAAGACCUCCACGACGAGAAGCAUCAACACGACACCAGCUUCGUCCGCUAUCCGCUUCAAAUUUCCUCAUCGCUCUCCCCAUCCAAGUUCCUCUCAAGAGCUCAGAAAUUAUCAAUAAUGCGAACUUCUAUUUGGUCCUAUGCCUUGAUGGCCGCCGGCUCCUGCCUGGCUCAAGGUGAUCUCGCCGGACUUCUCUCUUCCCAAGAAGACCUUAGCACGUUGCUCGAGCUGGUCAGCCUCGUGCCUGGACUUGCGGACACACUCGCCGCUGCUUCGAACAUCACCAUCGUAGCACCGACGAACGCAGCUUUCGACGCAGUACCGAGGAAUGUUCCAGAAGGCGAGGCAAUCGAACAGAAGAACGACUCUAUUGCUAUUGGAGCUUUGCUCGCGAACCACGUCUUCAAAGGAGUCUACCCUUCGGAUAUCAUCACCGAUGUUCCUACUUUUGCGCAGACAUUGCUCAACAGCUCAUAUAUCAUUCCCCGACAGCCUUUCUCGAAUUUUACUGGAGGUCAAUAUAAUGGGCUUGUGAAGAACGGAGACGAUGUGUGCAUUCUAUCUGGAGAGCAAACCAUUUCUACCGUUACUCAAGCUGACAUCAAAUUGGGCGACGGUAUCACAAUCCACAAGAUCGACACAGUCCUGUCCUUUGGCCCACCCCUCCAACUCUAUACCUACCGAGCUGGCUACUUAGCUAUGAACGCUGCGCUCGAGGCUGCAGAUCUCGGCAUCGAUAUUGGCCUGACCGGAGCAGAUGAGAAGGGUCUGAAUAUUUCUGACUUCACCAUCUUCAUUCCCAAGAAUGAUGCCCUUUCUUCCAUCGGCUCGGUACUCGAAACCGCAGACAAGAACACCUUGCAACAGGUGCUGAAAUAUCACAUCAUCCCCAAUAACGUUAUCUUCUCACCAUCGCUCGGAAACGUCACGAUUCCCUCGCUUCAGGGUGACAACUUGACUUUCACUGUUCUGCCAGACGGUUCGGCUUGGGUCAACAACGCAAAGAUCACGUUCGCCAAUGCCAUUCUGUACAAUGGUAUUGCCCAUGAGAUUGACGCCGUGCUGAAUCCCGGAGAUUUCGACCGCGCCUCAUUGAAGCCGUCCGCCCCCGCAUCCGAACGCAUCGCCUUUCCCAGUGCAGCCGCAGUCCCGAUUUCUGAGCUACCCUUCAGCAGUAUCGCAUUCCAGGGCGACCAGGAGACGUAUACCAAGACACCUGCGCUGCUCCAGACCAUGAUUGCUGUUCCUACUUCCACCUCUGGUGCUGCCACCACGGGCGCUGCUACCGGAACACAGUCAACCCCGACCCCAACUGGGGCAGCAGAGUUCCCCGGUGCCGCUAACAGCCUGUUCCCUCAUGCUGUCAUGGCAUUGCCUGUUGCGAUCGGUGCGGCUGCGGCUCUGUUAUGAAGACUGACGCGUCCGGGAGGUCUCUAUGUUGCCGGCGUAGCAGACGAUGAUAAAGUAUGAUGCUACAAGAGACAGCGCGAAGGCGAGGGCCCAUGGUGAUUUGAUGGUGGUAGUGGUAAUAGACUUUGAUAUUCGGUUUCUGUCGCUGAGAAAGGGCAUGAUCGGUGUUGGUAAGGAGUUCUGUAAUAUACUGAUGUGGAUAGCG